UCUUAAUGAAUUGAUUUUAUUUUUAAAAAUAUAUGCAUUUAUUUAUUUUAAUUUAAUGGGUACACGUGCCAUAGCGCAUGCACGCAUUAAAGUACAGAGUAGCCCUAAAAUUAGGGUUAAUGCAAUUAUGCAUAAUGCACUGUUUAUAAUAAUUUGUGUAACAAAUAAAACGCUACUGUUUCUUUAGAAUUAAUAGCCUCGUUUAAUUAGAUUUCUGCCACAUGGCGCAGUGAGAUGGCGUUAUUGUGGAACUUAUGAACACGUUUUACGCGCGCGAUAAGGAAGUGAAAUGAAUGCGAACAGCAUCAGGGGUCAAAGUCGCCAGAGUGACCCAGUGACCCGCUGUCACGUGACGCCGCUCAGUUCCGCCGCACUGAAGGUGCGCUCCAGCUGCGUCGCGCUCGUGCACCGGCGUUCAGUGCGCUUCCACCAUCACCACCACCACCAUCAUCAUCACUAUCAUCAUCAUCAUCAUCAUGAUGAUGACACGCGUGCGGUCCGCGGUCUCCAGCAUCAUCGGCGGCAUCAUGGCCUCCGGUUCCAGCGCGCAGGAGACCCACCCGGACCCGCCGCCCCGGUUCCCGUACAGCAGACCGGAUUUCCUCGCGCUGUCUCCGGACGAGGUGGAGUGCUCUGCGGAUCACAUCUCCAGACCCAUCCUCAUCCUCAAGGAGACGAAGCUGCCCUGGGCCACCGGCUACGCGGAGGUCAUCAAUGCGGGUAAAAGCACUCUAAACGAGGACCAGGCGUGCUGUGAGGUGGUAGAGCUCAGGAAGCGUCCGGCAGACCCGUCCAGCCCCAGCUACACUCCCACCAGGAGACGCUCCUCGCUGCCCGGCACAGACAUCCUGGAGACCAUCGAAAGCACAGUGAAGGAGCUGAACUUUCACUACUGGGCUCUGUUUGAUGGUCACGGCGGCUCCGGGGCGGCGGUGUUUGCAGCCAAGUUCCUCCACCUCCACAUCGAGGAGCAGCUGCAGGAGGUUCUGGAGAUCCUGCAGAACCCGGCGCUCCAGCCGCCCACCUGCCUGGGCGAGGACAACCCCGUCCACCACCUCCACCCGUCGGCCGGAUGCUCCCAGCGCGGCCUGUCGCGCGCCGCUUCCCUCAGAGGGGCCGCCGGGGCCCCGGGGUCCCCUAAUACCAUGGCCCCGCGGUUCUUCAUGGAGAAGAAGAUCAAACAGGAGAGUCUGGUGGUGGGAGCCGUAGAGAACGCCUUCAAGGAGAUGGACGCUCAUAUCGCUCGGGAGAGGACGGGUUACUCUAUAUCUGGAGGAUGUACUGCUCUAGUGGUGGUGUAUUUGCUCGGGAAACUGUAUGUGGCCAACGCCGGUGACAGCAGGGCUCUGAUCGUCCGUGGAGGAGAGAUCCUUCCCAUGUCCAGCUCCUUCACUCCCGAAUCCGAGCGCCAGAGGCUUCAGUUCCUGGCUCAUCUGCAGCCGUCUCUGCUGGGAAACGAUUUCACAAACUUGGAGUUUCCCCGAAGGGUCACGAAGAAAGAGGUCGGGAAGAGGAUGCUUUACCGAGACUUCACCAUGAACGGAUGGGCCUACAAAACAGUCCAGGAGGAAGAUCUGAAGUUUCCACUCGUGUUCGGAGAGGGGAAAAAGGCUCGUGUUUUGGCCACCAUCGGCAUCACUCGUGGACUCGGCGAUCAUGACCUGAAGGUUCACGACUCAGACAUCGCCAUCAAGCCGUUCCUCUCCUGUUCUCCAGAGGUGAAGAUAUACAACCUCCCUCAGUUUGAGCACGCCGCUGAUGAUGUCAUGAUCCUGGCGACUGAUGGACUCUGGGAUGUGCUGUCCAAUCAGGAAGUGGCAGAGGCGGUAUCUGGUUUCCUUGGAAACUGUGACCCUGAUGACCAGCACAGGUACACAAUGGCAGCUCAAGACCUGGUGAUGAAGGCCCGAGGUGUCCUGAGGGACCGAGGCUGGAGAAUCGCCGGAGACCGCCUCGGCUCCGGAGACGACAUUUCGGUCUUCAUAAUCCCUCUAAUGCACGGCAACGGCCAACAGCCUCAGCCUAGCUGACCAAUCAGAAGGCAGGGCGCCAACCGAAUCGGACCGAAUCCGUCUCUAACCCGACGUUCAGAUGCUCAGACAGCGUCCUGCUGGAGUUUAAGGAACCCGUUGUGCGUUUGAACUCAUUUACAAACACGAACACUUGCUUUUGAGACUCAAGAAGUCGAUGACGGCUGACUUUGAAGACCCACGUCAGCGCUCCCUACCUCGGUGGGAUCGGUAUAUAAGUUAGAACUUUGCACAAUGACUAAAGGAGGGUCCCGUUCUUUGAAGUUCUCCGCGGACAGAUGCACACCCUCCGCAGUUUGUUUAUCCGCGCUCAUCUGGCAGCUAGGCGGAACCGACCGUGUUUUAUUUUUCCUUUCAGGAUAUUAAUUCAUCCUCUGAAUGUUUAGUUUGCGGAUUUCUUUCUCGCCUUCCCUGAAAAAAAAAAAUCAAAGCAGUCGGCUGUUAUUUGUACAUCCUGUUUACUGUACCGUAAAUGUAAAAAAAAAGAGUAGUGGUUUUGUUUCUCCUGUGCUCUGUAAAUUUGCAAUAGGUACGAAGCUAAAAAACGAUCUGAUCUUCCAUUCAUCACGGUAAGAUUUUUCGUGUGGCGCAUUUUUAAUGAACAAUAAAUCAUGUGUCCGACAAAGAUGUGUGAUGCACAGCGACCGUUCCCUUUGAUUUUGAUACGCACCGUUGUGAAUUAACACCUACCUGCAAUCUGUUCUCCAGGGCUCCUGUGUGGAGGUUCGGUGAGGUCUGACUUACGAUACAUCAUGUUCACAGUGGCACCUUCCUCUUCUUCAGCACAAACCUGCUGUGAGCAUUUGGAAAGGCUUUCACACACACACACACACACGGCGUGCGAACACUCGCAUACACACUCCCCAAGAGAGUGGCCAUCUGGUCAGCACAACCCGAGUGUGACCAAAACAAGACUAAUUUGGCCAGGGAUUCGGCUGUGUGUGUGUGUGUGUGUGUACGCGGCCUGCUCUCUAACACACUUUAGCGCAGUCGUUUGUGUGGGUGGACGGCGCUGCAAGGGCAUCACAUGCUUACUAAAGGAGCUUUCUGGGAAGUGCACACACAUGCGCUGCAAAAAUGAUUCAUGAACUGCUCAUGUGGCUCCAUUAACGUCGGCCCACAGAUUUUUCAUAAAAACCCAUUGACGAUAUUUCCUUAGGAUCUUUCUAAAGAAACUAAUAAUUUAAUGCUUUCCCAAAUAAUGUACUGUGAGCUCUAGACAGCUGUUAAAAGAAUAAAGGCAAUUCGCGGCAAA